GCUGCUUCUUAGGGAGGGGUUUAGAGCAGCAGCAAUUUCGGUGGUUGCUGCUGCUCUAGGAUAUAAGGCACGUUAAGCCAGGCGCGCACACAUACACUCACUCACACGGUUGAGCAUCCUUCUCAGCAGCAAGCGGAAAAGACAAGCCCCAAAGGAGAGAGCGGGAAGCGGGUCAGUCCGAGGCAGACAAAGCAAAGAUGGCAGGGAUCCUCGCUUGGUUCUGGAAUGAGCGGUUCUGGCUGCCACACAAUAUCACCUGGGCGGAUCUGAAGAGCACCGAAGAAGCCACCUUCCCUCAGGUGGAGGAUCUCUACCUAGCCUUCCCCGUGGCCUUCUGCAUCUUCAUGAUCCGCGUGGUUUUCGAAAGGUUUAUAGCCAAGCCAUGUGCCUUAGGCCUAAAAGUCCAGGCCAAUGGACCACAAAAAGCUCAGCCUAAUGCUAUUCUUGAAAAGGUCUUCACUGCAAUUACAAAGCAUCCAGAUGAGAAGAGGCUGGAAGGGCUGUCGAAGCAGCUGGACUGGGAUGUACGUAGCAUUCAGCGUUGGUUUCGACAGAGACGCAAUCAGGAAAAGCCGAGCACUCUUAGAAAGUUCUGCGAGAGCUCGUGGAGAUUUACAUUUUACCUUUAUAUAUUCACCUAUGGAACCCGGCUUUUGAAAGAGAGUCCCUUUCUGUGGAACACCAGGAAGUGCUGGGCUGGAUAUCCAUAUCAGGCACUGACACCUGAGGUUCAUUACUACUACAUAGUUCAGCUGGCGUUCUAUUGGUCUGUAAUGUUUUCUCAGUUCAUUGACAUCAAAAGAAAGGACUUUGGCAUCAUGUUUACACAUCAUAUCGUAACUGUAAUAUUGCUAACCCUGUCCUACACAGUCAAUUUCACACGCGUGGGGACCCUGACUUUGGUUCUACAUGAUAGCGUUGAUAUUUUGUUGGAGGCAGCUAAAAUGGCAAACUACUGCAAGUUUCAAAAAUUGUGUGAUUUCCUCUUCUUCAUGUUUGCUGUAAUUUUCAUUACGACAAGGCUUGGAAUAUAUCCUGUGUGGAUACUGAACACGGUAAUGUUCGAACUGCCCGAAAUGGUUGGCGGCUUUCCUUCCUUGACGGUCUUUGUCAGUCUACUUUUGAUACUUCAAGUUCUCCACUGUUUUUGGUCCUAUCUAAUAGUAAAGGCAACCCAUAAAGCUAUUUCAAAAGGCAAGGCUGGGAAGUGGAACCCUUUGCAUGCGAGGGAUGACCGAAGUGAUGUUGAGUCGAGUUCAGACGAAGAGCCCUCAGCUCCCCAUUCAAAGCAUUCCCACAGCUCAGCCACCACCAAUGGGACAAGUGGAGCAAAUGGAACAAACGGGUAUCUUACUGGUGGGAAUUCUUCAGAAGAACACUAAUUCCUGGAUUACACCCUGAUAACACGAACAAAAUGAACUGUUUGCUACUGGAAGUAAAUGAGUUGUGAAUGCUGGGUUUGGGGUCCCCCCUUUUUUCCCCCUUUCUUUAUUGUUUUUCUCAACAUCUGAGAGAAAAAAACACACUUGGAGUAUUUAAAGUUUCUGAUAGCGCACUGCCGUAUUUCCUGUUUGUGAAUGACAGCGCCACACCAUUUUAUGUAUGUAGGCAUGCUGUAUGUAUAUAUACAUGACCAGAUGGGAGCAGUAUUUUCUUCUGUAGUCUUUGAAUAUUAUUUAUUUUAUAUCUUAUUUGGGGUGACUUGUAAAUGAAAGGGAACUGCCUCAGGAUUCUCUUUUGGACGUCAUCAGGGCAAAGGAUUGCCAAGUCUCUUUUCUGUGCUUGGUUUCUCUAGCCAGUAUGAUAUUGUAGGCAUCUGCUUGAAAAUGUCUCUUGCAGCAAAGCUAUAAAAGUUCGCCUCCCAUUCUAUAUCUUUCCCCCUUUUUUCUUUCUUUUUUCUUUCUAGGAUGCUGACUUUAGAAAUUGCCAAUACAAUCACAAGUGGCCACUCCGCCCCCCGCCCACAAUGUGAAGUUUUAAAAUGAUUCAUUGAUAUUUUUAAAUAGCCUCUAAUGGAGUCAGUUUGACAGUUCAUGUUCAACCAUAGUUACUGUGAGAUGGGAUUUAGGAUUGUUUUAAGCUCCAUAAUUGGUGGCAAAUUAGAUUAGACUGUGAAAAUGCUCAAGCUACGUUUACACUAAGCGUGAUGAACUUAUCUUGCAGACAGCUCCUGCCUUGCAGAUUUAGCCUCAAUUCGGUUUGUAAACUUUUUGUGUAGAUUUCACAGUGGUGCCAUUUUAACAAAUAUUUUUUUGUUUGUUUGAGAAGAAAUACACUUAUGUGGUCCCAUAAGCAUGUAUGCAAAAUUUGAUAUUUGGAGAAUUAGAACGAAGGUUAAGAAGAAUAGAGUUGGAAAAGAAUAGCUCCCUAGAAAUAAAGUAGGCCGUAGACCAAGUAUUGAGAGAGAGAUCGGAAUGUCUGAGGCCAAUUCUUUCAGACAGGAGUGUCCUGGGUCUGGACCAUAUCACUUCAGAACACAAUUUAGGGUCCCAGUUGAUGGAUUAUACCAUGUCAUACAAAAUAUUUCCUGUACAUAAACACUAGAUGUCAGGAGAUGAGUUCAAAAUAUUAUAGCUUAGAAUCUUUCUCUUGACAUAAUCUGCCCUCCUAUGUGCAGAACAUUGAUUUGUAUGGAGGAGCAUUAAAUCAUGUACCACUCUGCUGUGGUAGAGUCCAGGCACAGGUUGACUGUCUCAUUUGUGAGAAUUAGGACAUUAGUCUACUUAUUUUAAGUGCAUGCAAACACUCUCCUGAUUCACUGGAGGCACAGACCAAUAAGUGUUGCUUCUAAGCAACCCUCCUUGGUAUAUGAAGCUUGUGUUCUUGGUAGAUUAGUGCUUGGGGAACAUCUGGGAGGCCCUGAUUUUAAGAGUUGAAAGUGUUGGUUUGGUUCUUCCAGUUCCCUCAACUUAAUUGUUGGGGGACACAUCGCCCAGAAUUCUCCAGCAGUAUUCCACACAGUUGCCACGACCCUCCAGAAGACCAGAGAAUGCAGUGUGAAUCUCAUAGCAGUCUCCUCCCAUAGUUGGUGUGCGGAAAUAAAGAGUUUCCUCAACCCACAACAGUUGCCACAUUUAGUGCCAUGAGCCCAACCCAGGAACAUAGGGGCCGGGGGCGGGGGAGAGACUCUGUUGCCUGGUUGUGACCCGGUAGGAAUCAAUAACAAGCACCCAAACCUUUUAACUGCUGAAGAAAUAAAGCUGGCAGUAGCUGUAACCUAUUCUUGUUUGCUUUUCUGCUUAAAAUUUAGCUGUAGGUGUUGUUUCUAACGGAAAUAACCAGGAAAGCACCCUACCAGAGACGCAUUAGUUUGUUUUUGUUUUAAUCUCUCUAUUAUUUGAGAUUUCCUUAUUUCCAAGAAGUUACCUCGAUGAAGAGACAUUCCUAUCACAGAAGAUAUUUCGGUGCUUAGCAAAGCAAAUGUCAGCAGAGGAGAAAAUGUCUUUUGGGGAGUUUUUCCAUACAGCACAAUACUAGAAGUAACAUCUAUGCCAAAGAACUUCACACAGGGAAAGAUAGUAAUACACAAGAAAUAGAGAAGUACUUGCUCAAAAGAAUAAGAACCUGAUGUUCAUCAGAAAUUAUUUUUAGUCACAAAUCCCUUUUGCUGCCACACAUCUCCUGCAACCAGAUGACCCGUAAAAUAUUCUCAAGGCAUACAGUAUUUUAUUUGGCUUUAUUAUAUACCUGGGAGACUUUGAUGAGGAAACAAAGAAUCGUAACUUCUACUGAGGGCCAAUUCACAUGACCAAGUUUGAAGCCAGCCCACAUUGUCCUUUUCCCCUCCCUAGUGCGUUUGGACAUGCUGGACUGGCUUUAUGAAUGCUUCAACACAGAUCUGAAUUUCAGUUUGCUGUGCCCUAAAACCUCUUUGAAAGUUUUGAGAUGUGGCAAGUCAUGAACUAACGUGCUGAUGCGUUAGCAAGGUCACUUCCACGCAUGCAAAUCCACUGGAUGAACUACCUACUUUACGAGAUGUUAACAAAAAAAAAGUUGUGUGACUUGGCUCUCUGUAGACGUGCCAAGAUGAGAAACUCAAAUGGAAGACACUCCUGGAGGGAAGAAAGUAGAAGUAAUAACCUUUCCAUGAAGUGCCCGGCAUUCAAGAACUGAGAAGCAGGAAGUCCAUCUUUGGGGAGAGAGGGUUUAAAACAAUACUAAUCGCACCGUGGAUAUCAAAUAUUCAUCGCCACUACAGUUUCUACUUCUAUUCCCAUGCUGUCGUUCAGGAGGCAUUAUGGUUUGGCUCUCAUCUGUGUCUCAUGGAGCUAGGCUGGAGUCCUCUUUGCAGCCUAGGGCUUGAAUGAGGAGAAGUCUGCAUGGUCAUGAAUGCGGUGCUGGAUGUGUGGGGUGAUAAAAUAACAUUGAUAGAAAAGAAGAUACAUCAGGAGCGUAAAUCUCACUUUUCUGUUAAUAACAAACCCCGAUUGGGAGGGUGGGACUUCCAAAAUGCUUAAUGGCAUCGCUUAGGAAGGAGUUCUGAACAGAUGUUUUACUUUUCAGAGGUAUUAUUUUGAAGUGGUGGGCAGGACUGACAGCUGCCAAUAUUAAACAUGUAUUAGUUACGGUGAGGUGCACAAUAAUAGAGUUAGUGGGAGGAAGGCUUCAAGUAACAGGAAUUCUGUUCCAAGCAUGCUUUGAAGUUAGCUGGACUAUAAUAUGGUGCUACAGCUUAAUAUAAACAGUAGGACAUGAAACAUAAUCCACAUUUCGUGUUAUAGAUGCUCCGGUGGGCCCUGCAAGGAGGACUUCACCAUUCACUUCAAUCGAUUGAAGUGAAUGUGUGGGCAUAAGCCCAGUGUUUGCCUUCCACUGUUGUGCCUGCAAGAAGCCCCUGGAUCCAGGCAAAAAUAUUUAAUGAAUCUCUGAAAGCCCUUCGAGAAACUAUUGGCAUUCCAUUUCCUGGAUUAGUAUUUUCAAACUUUUUCAUGUGUUAACAGGCUCUUGUUAGUAAAAGCUCUUCGGUCCCUUUUUAGCACUAGAAUAAGAGAUGCAGUGGCUGGAAUGUGUAGAGUAGAGGGAGGGGGGAAAUGAAGAAGAAAAAAGUGUGUGGAAGUUAGUAGCCAUUAGCUAGAUUGAAUGUUUUAUUAUCCAGCCCUGGGAUAGGAAAGUAAGAUCCAUUGUCGUGUAAGUUUACUCUAAGUUUUGACAUGAAACGCACUACGAUAAGAAAAUGUGUGUUUUUGUUAUUAGAAAAAAGAAAAAUUGGACAAGUGUCUGGAGACUAGGUCUCUUCAGCACAUAUCCAUUUGAAGGUGGAAGUGUUGGACUUGCUUGCAUCCUCCAUCCAGACUGUAGAGUACCAGACUGAAAAUGCCAAAAAGAAAUACCCAUGUGUCCUUGUUGCCAGUUUCAAAUUACUUCAUUUCUUCUCUUGGUUUUGCAGUUAGUUUGCGGUUUCCUUUUGGGUAUGUUUACAUCAGAAGGUUGCUUCACCUAAGACCCAGUGUGUAGACGUGAUUGUGGCAGGAUGCAGGGGCAAGUCUUGGAUUCAGACAUGUUCCCCCACCACAGGCAGAAACUUGAAUGUGCCCUGCACUCAUGCUGUCUGUCCUCCACUAUUUUUUUUUUUUGUUUUGUUUUGCCAGUACACUUGAGUGAGGCUUACUCACAUUAGGUGCUUAAGCGUUUAAGCUCUGGUUUGCAUUUAAGGUUCUAUAUACCACAGAGAGGCAGGAUCUUGAGUCCAAAGCUGGCCCCUCUACCCUGUCACUUGCAUAGUCUACACACUAGCGCCCUCUGUGAACUACUCCAGAGUUUGUUUGCUUAUGGGGGAAAUAUUGGAGAUUGGUUGCUAAUGAGUUGUGCACAAAAGUCUUGGCUCUUAGGGAGCAUUUACAUGACAUGUUUCCCCCCACCUCCUCUGUCAUGUGAUGAAUCUGGUUUCCUGGUGUGUCGAGGCCGUGGUUGUGACCUGUAAGGAACUAAUGAAAUAUAUAAACCCUGAGAGCCUGGAUUGGGAUUAUAAUAAAAGGAGACCAAUUGCUUGUCUUCACGCAUCGCCAGGACAUGACAAUAUAUAGCCAUGGAGUGAUCAUAGAGGGCCUUCAUCAGAUAAACGUCUUGUGAAUGCAUCCUUUUUUCAAGUCAUUCUACUGGAGCUGAGCAUAUUGUGACAAGCAAGAAACUAUCACAUACGUGUGUGUGUGAGUGCGCGCGCGGGCGUGUGUGUGCUGUAUUUUGCAAUAAAACUAUGGGCAGAUUUUUGUGUAACCAAAUGCCAGCUUGUUUUGAAUGUCUUACUUUGUACAUAGAAAGGCAUAAGGUACACAAUAUUCUGGUGGUUCAGGUUGAUAAUCCCUUCUGCUAUUCACUUUGGCAGCAUAAGAGGGUUUUGAAUAUAGGGCUAUUAAUGUCCAUAUUUCUCAUCUCAAAAAUAUAUACACCAUUAACUUGGACUUUCUGUAAUUCCCAUAAAAGAGAGGAAGGUGGGAUUUCUUUAACCACCCCACCCACAUUGUUAAUAUAUUUAUUUUUAUUUAAAAACUACCUGGUAUUAUAUUUCCUCUUGUAUUACUCACUAGAUACUCAUGUCCAGUGAUAAAUUACGACAGUUCUGUAUGCUUCUAUGAGAAUGACCAAAAUAUUGCAAAUCCACAGUGUUCAAAAUAGAGUUGCCUUGAAAUCACAAUCAAAACUUCAAAAUGGUUCUUGUCAAACCGAGGGUGUAUUACUUAGACAUGCUGUUGUUUUGCUUUAGAUUCUACUGGGAUGUUGCUAAAACUGCCCAUUUUUAAAACAGUUCUCUUGAGUUUUUAGGAAAGUUGCUUAGCACACAUUUACUGGCCAAGGGUUCUGAUUGUAAUGACCAUAAAACUGGAGCGCCUGACUGUGCUUGUAUAAAAUUCUACACUUAGAAAAUGGCCUCCACUUAUUUUAACGGAGGGAAAGGGUAUAUGUAUUAUGAUAGUAUUUAUUUCAACCUUCCUUUUAGCCGAGUGCUAUAGUGAUAGGAUAUGCUGGCUAGAACUAUUGCUAAUGACGAUCAUCUCAAAAAGAAGUAUGAUACACACCAGUCUGGUAUGCUGGAAGGAUUCGCCUGUGUGUGUGCACAGGUAUGCUCGCCAAGUUCUAAAUACCUUAAAUAGUAACCAUCACUCUGUGCUCUGUAUGGUGGUUAUCUUUAGUGGGUCAGGUCAGGACAAAAUGGUGCAAUUUUUCAUCUGUGUUUUCAAGACAAUCCAGCAGUUUGAGCAACUCUUGGAACUAUAAUAACCUACUGGUAUAUUCCUUUGUCAGAAAUACAGCAAUGUGUUUAGUCUUGGGUUUUGCUUCUGUUUCCCCCCUUCCCCUUCUUUUUUCUUUCCUUAAAUAUAGAAAUUACACUUUUUCCUGAAAUAUCAAUAUUGUGAAUUUUGAUUUGAAAACACUUUCAUAAUAAACUCUUAAGUAUUAGGAA